AUGGCGCCUCCGACGAAACGACGCGAGAUCCUGGCCAACCUGCGGGCGCAAAUCGAUCAAGGCAAGCCCAUUGUCGGCGCUGGCGCUGGCAUUGGUCUCUCGGCCAAGUUCAUCGAGGCUGGCGGCGGCGAUUUAAUCAUUAUUUACAACAGCGGCCGCUUCCGCAUGGCCGGUCGCGGCUCACUCUCGGGGCUGAUGCCGUACGGCAACGCCAACGAUGUUGUCCUGGACAUGGCCAAGGAGGUUCUCCCCGUCGUCAGCCAUACGCCUGUGAUUGCUGGCGUCUGCGGCACAGAUCCCUUCCUCAACACCAACCACUUCCUGAACCAGCUGCGGGAGCUCGGCUUCGCGGGCGUGCAAAACUUCCCCACCGUCGGCCUCAUUGACGGCCAGUUCCGCGCCAACCUGGAGGAGACGGGCAUGUCGUAUGACCUGGAGGUGGACAUGAUACGCGCCGCCCACGAAAUGGAUCUCCUCACGACGCCGUACGUCUUCAACGUCGACGAGGCGCAGAAGAUGGCGACAGCCGGUGCCGACAUACUCGUCGCCCACAUGGGUCUGACGACCAGCGGCUCCAUUGGCGCCGCGUCCGGCAAGACGCUGGACGAGAGUGUCAGGCUCAUCCAGCAGAUUCGGGACGCGGCCAUUGCUAUCCGCCCAGACAUCCUGGUGCUCUGCCAUGGCGGGCCGAUUGCGGCCCCGGAGGAUGCUGCCUACGUGCUGGGCAGGACCAAGGGCGUGCAUGGCUUCUACGGUGCCAGCUCCAUGGAGCGAUUGCCUGUAGAAGAGGCUAUUACAAACAUAACAAAAAGCUUCAAGAGUCUGAGACCAAGUACCUCAUAG